UGCCGGCGAGAAGGCCAUGGCCGAGAGCUGGGGGAGGUGGGGCAGCAGAGUUGGGGAUUGGGCAUCUGACCCCUUCAGGACCCACCGAGGGUGCACGGGCUCUGGGAGGCGGGAGGCGGCCGCUGCGCAUGCUCGGCAGCCUGGGCGCGGAACUAGACUUGAGUCCCCAGUCAGUUGUGUGGGCGCGGGGCGAUCUCUGGCUAGUGGCUUAACCUCUCUGUGCUUUCGCUUUCCUCCGCUGAGAAACCCGGCGAAUGACGCCGCCGUUCAACGUUGGAGGCCUCGGGUGAAACUUAAGAACUUAGAACAGUGCGUGGCUCUUGAACGUGAUGUGUCGCGGAAGCCUUCCGCGGGGGGUCCCGGUACUCCUGGUGGCGCUAAGAUGAAAGGAAGAAAAACACAAGGUGGAAGAGUCGUCGAGUCCCGAUACUUGCAGUACGAGAAGAAAACUACCAAAAAGUCUUCUGCAGCAGAUGCGGUGAAGACCGGUGGGAAGAUGCCUGAAGGGGGAAGGAAAUUCCACGUGCUCCAGAAGAGCAAAGACAGCAGUGGAAUCGGGAAGGGCGACCUGCAGUCCACGUUGCUGGAAGGGCAUGGCACCGCCCCGCCAGACCUGGACCUCUCGGCCAUCAACGAAAAGAGUAUGGUUAGAAAGACUCCGCAGCUAGAAAAGACGAUGUCGAAGAGAACUGACUCGUCGUCGUUUUCUUCUUCACAGAGAAAGAGCCCGGACGUAUCGGAGGCGAUGGAAAUGAUGGAAUCCCAGACGUUGCUCCUGACCCUGCUGACUGUGAAGAUGGAGAAUGGUCUCGCUUCAUUCGAAGAAAAGGCAGAGAGGAAUUUAUUAAUAAUGUGUAAAGAGAAGGAGAAGCUACAGAAGGCAGCCCACGAGCUGAAGCGCAAACUUCUCCUCACUCAGCGGAAGCGGGAGCUGGCAGACGUCCUUGACGCUCAGAUCGAGAUGCUCCGCCCCUACGAGGCUGUGGCCGAACGCUUUAAGGAGCAGUACAAGACGUUCGCCACGGCCCUGGACACCACGAGGCACGAGCUUCCCGUGAAAUCGGUCCACCUAGACGGCGAUGGGCAGCGGUUCUUAGACGAUUUGCAGCAGGAGUUGACGACCACAUGCCAUCUGCUGGAAGAACUGGGGAUUGGCAGUUUAGAAGAAAACAUGAAAGCUCUGGACCUGCUGAGCGAACUCAAGGAAAUGACCCAAAAGAAGGAUCUGGAACUCCGAAGGAGCUUCGCCCAGGUGCUGGACCUCUCGGCCGAGGCGAGUAAAGAGGCGGCUUUAAUCAACCAGGAGGUCUGGGAGGAAGCCCAGGGCUUGGAGGCCCCCAGCCAGUGGUACUUCAACCAGGAAGGCGCCGGUGGGGAAGCUCCAGGGGUGGUCCGGACCCCGCUUCUGUUGGGCGCCGGGGAGCCACACACGGCGUGAGUCUACACACCAGCCAUGUCCCCCCUGCCCAAGGGGGUCCUCCCUGCUGACCGCCGGGAAGAAAGCCUGGCCCCUCCCCCAGCUCAGUGCACAUGUGUGUCCCGCGGCCUCGUGUGUCAUGCUCUGGGAGCUCAAGCACUUUAGACACUACUUUGGCGAUGUAGCUAUUUUUGUACGAGCGUAUUUGAUAUUUAAAGAAUAAAACUUUUGCAGUCAA